AUGGCUAACUUACUCGAUUUGCCGGAUUUGGUCAUGAGCAAUACUCUCUACAUCUUGCUAAAACCCGACUAUGUCCGCGUCUCAUUCUACAUUGACGAAAAUGAUCCGAUUCGAUUAGAAUACUAUGGAAAAGAAGGGGAUACAACUUCGGUUUCUUGUUGGCGAAGAAGAACUGUCAACCUCGACGUCAUGAAGGCGUGCACCAACGAUUUGGAGAUAAUUUUGAAGAAUCAGAAGUCUAUUUCCAAAGAGAUCGGAGUGUUCUUCAAUUUCCCAGAGUAUCAGAGAAAAUCGGAUAACGACAAGUAUGACGCACGAUUGAAACAGCGGACUGAGCCAUUCCUGCAGGACUUCAAAAGAAUUCUUGAAUCACGGAACCACAUGAUUCAAACCAAUUUGUUGCGGAUGGACGUCAUUAAUCAAUCCCAAGUGAUGGCGGUUGUGAAGGGGGAUCGCUCCAGAACCCCUUCUGAAUGCUCAACCUUCACCUGA